GGCCAUUUUGGUUACAGAGUGAAAGUGACAGGAGCCGGGGAGAGAGUGGGAAGUAGAACGCCGGCCCUUCUCUCAGCCACGUCCCUCUUCCCUUCCCUGUCCCACCAUGUCGGAGAAGCUCAGCGCCGACAGCCGGUGCGAACAGACGGGCGACGAGAAACAGGAUACACAGGAGAAGGAAGCAGUCAUCCCUGAGAGAGCAGAAGAAGCAAAACUAAAGGCCAAAUAUCCUAAUUUAGGACAGAAGCCAGGAGGGUCAGACUUCCUAAUGAAAAGACUGCAGAAAGGGCAAAAGUAUUUUGACUCGGGUGACUACAAUAUGGCCAAGGCAAAGAUGAAGAACAAGCAGUUGCCAACCACCGGGCCUGACAAUAACCUGGUGACAGGAGACCAUAUCCCGACACCACAAGAUCUUCCACCAAGAAAGUCAUCACUUGUAACCAGCAAGCUGGCAGGGCCUGAAAACCAUGUUGAUUCAAUGGCUGCAGCUUGUGGAAUGCAAGAUCACAACUGAUAAUGCAUGUCAAAUAUGGUCUUCGUGUGGCAUAGAAAAUACAGCAUUUCACCUGGAACACAGGAUCUAACUGCAUUUAGAGGAAUAUUUUAGCAGAGAUGCAACAAUGUGGUGGGUUAAACGGUGUUUCACUGGAACGAUAAUUUUAAGAUUUCAUCAUGCAGCUUGCUGUGCUGAAAGCAAACAUGAAUCUCUGUUUUAAGUCCAGAAUUUAAAGAUUUGGGUUUGUUUGUUUGUUUUUUGGGGACGGGGGAGGGAAUCUGUUUAAUCAGUUCAUUCUGUAGGAUACCAUCUCGAGGUCAAGAAAACCCAAUGAAAGGUAACACUUGAAACUCCACAAUUGAUGUAGCUUUGUCUACAUACAGUCUCUGCUAUGCCUUACUUUAGGGACUAAAAAUUACCAAGUAAUUCAUACAAAGGUCUCUUUCAGUUGACCACGUUUUGCUGAUGAUGCUUCUAAAUGGAAAACGUGGUAUUGCGUCUAGCUAAUCAGGGUAUUUCUAAAAGUCAUGCUUCAAAAAAAGUAAAAAGCCAAGCCUGACAUAUCGUACAAAUCAACAUCCAUGUUUCUGAGGUUGUAAAGAACCAUAUUUUUUUUUCUUUUCAUAGAGACUGGUCAAUAAAAAGUCAAUUUCACCAGAGUGAAAAGGAGACGGGGUUUAGCAGGGAGUGGGGAAUUCCUUCUUUGUAAAUGUGUAAUUUCAUUCUUUAGUCUGUCUCUUCAUGCCUUAUGUCCAGGUUCCAAUCUGAGAAGGUUGGGGGGAAAAGCUACUGGUGUCUUGUAUAAUCUCCUCAAAUGUCUUGCUGUUUGUCCCAGCCACAUUGUAAAUAGAUAUGAAUCAUAUAUAUAUAAAUAUAUAUAAUUUUUUACAUCAUCUUCAUCUCUAUCUUCUAUUGUUCUAUGCUUUUUUCUUUAUAAAAAAAAAAACAAAAACAAAAAAACUGCUCUUGCACUACUGAGUACCUGUCAGCUGUUGGCUAAACCUUCAUGGUGGUGUUCUCAGUGAAAUCUGAUUGACAGGGAGAACAGAGAGGGGAAUGAACAUGUCGAACCAUUCCCCCCACUCCCUCCAGGAUUCAGGAAAUACCAAGUGUAUUUAUAUAGAAAGGAGGAAGAAAUUACCUUCAAAAUACUGAGUGAGAAACAUCAGGAGAGAUGAUUAUUUUAAAAAAUAAACUUGUCUCAAACACAUACUGAAGUCAUUUUUUGUUCAGUCAUGAAAACUAAAACAGUGGGGAAAGGGGGACCCUAAAAAGGGAGCGUUGUGUAUUUCACAGUGGCUUCCUUCCAGUUCCACUCCAUUGUUUGGCAUUUGCAGCGCAGCCUUAAAUGUGGAAAUGGAAUGAGUGAUCUUCAUUGGACGGUUGCACUACAUACAACUUUAGGAUACAAAUAUUUUGUCCUUGGAAUGAUUUCUCCUUAGUCUAAACAGACUUCUGGGAAAAACUGAAGCAUGGUUAUAAUUUUUUUUAUAUAUAUUCCCUCUUCUGGGGAAAUAACUGUAAGUGGAAACUUCUUUUGUUUGCUUGUGAAAGGAUGAAGCUAACUAUUAAUAAUUAGAAAUAGAAGCCCUGACCGCAAAACAGUAAAGGGCCUCUGCAUGUUUAAUGAGCUAAUAUGUUUGGAUUUGUUUUUUUUCUUCAUGGGCCAAGCUGAGUGAUACUUUUCCUAGACCCAGAUGCCAGGAUCCCAACAAAGAGCUGACGUUUCAUCCCCAACAGUUCCUUGCUGCAACUCCUAGGGAAUUGUGUUUCCUGGAGAGAGGGUGGCAUCCAGAUCAGGCACAAUUAUAGUAAAACCAACACUCGCGCCCAUUAUUUAUCCACUGCUGGACUACGGUAUAGAAGGGAUCUCAAGUUGAGCUUGCCUUAAAGGUUGAAUCUGAUGGUACUAUUGGAGGAUAAAUAAGGUAUUUUGAUGCCAUGGUACAAAGCCUAGAUAAAAUGGCUGAGUAGCCUUUUGUUUCUACUAGCUGGGGGGAAAAAAAACAAUGCUUAUGUCCAGUUGAAAUUUUGAUAGAUGAUCAGUGUCUGAGCUAACAGACGUAUUCUAAAUCUUGAUUUUUAACUGCAAGGAAACUUUCAGUUCUCCUCUAAAAAGCAACUGUUAGUAGGAUUUCAACCAAAGCUUGUUGAGCAAAGUGGCUGUGCUGUAGUUUGAUUGAGUAGGCAUUGCAGAAAUGUGUAAAUGGUAGCUCCACAGAGCCACUCAUACUUCUCUGGGAGUGGGGGAUUUUCAAUAUUUGAAAUACAUUCAUUUGCUUUGGAGUACUUUAUCUUGUUGCACAGGCAGGAAAUGCAAACUAGACAAGAGCAAACUAGAUUAGUUAAUGUCUCAAUAUGAUUAAAUCUUUCAGGUUUUUUAGGACUGGGAUGCAAGGUUUGUCCUGAAGAUUUUGUCUCUUGCAUUGGUGCAAAACACCAUCUUUCCGAUUUAAACUGGGGUAAAUGAUUGAUUGUACAAGGUACAGGCUGAUGGAGAAUUGAGCCCACUAGCUUUUAAAGGGAGCUAUAGCAUUCCUUUUUGUGAGCAGCAGAGGGCAGAAGAAAUUGUUACUUAUCUAGCGAUUUAAAAAAAAAAAAAAAAAAUAUCCAACAUCUUCCCUCCCCCCCCUUCUCUCCUUCUAAGCAAAACUUACUUACAACACUUCUAAAAUCAUGUGAUUUUUUUUUUUUCUCCAUCAAAACUAUUUUUCUAUUUCCGCUGUAACAAUUAACUGCACUGAAAGAAACUCCUUGAUGGUGGUUUAUUUUUAAGAACCUGAUGUAUAAAAGCAUUUUUCAUGGGGAUGCAUUUUCCCUUAUUAAAUUUCUGUUUGUUGCAAUGG